AUGUAUGGACGUGAGGUAGAAGAUACAGAAUUUAAUAUGAAGUCAACAUAUGUUAUAUGGAAAUUUGAUUAUAGACUCAGUAAACUGGUAAUUGACUCAUUAUUGCCAAAGCUACAAUUUGAACAUUUGAUGAGCCUCAGUGAAAUGGAUGAUUCAACUACUACCUGCUUGAUCCAAUCCAGAUCCUGA